GUGUAUAUCUCCAUAUAUAUAUAUAUACUCACAUACAACAAUCACUCUGUUUUAUUUCAUCCUUUCAAUGGAAGACCACAACUCUAAGCAAAAUGAACCUCUUCUUUCACAAACAGAAAUCAGUACAUCUGAUCUUGAUAAUAAUAAUAGUCUGAUAAGAAGUUCUUUUGGUUCUUCAUUUGUUGCUGAUGCUGAUGAUAUUCCACCUAUCACUGGAAUUCAAGAUUUCUUUAGAGAGUUUACUGUUGAAUCUAAAAAAUUAUGGUACCUUGCUGGUCCAGCUAUUUUCACCUCAAUUUGUCAGUACUCUCUUGGUGCUGUUACUCAAACAUUUGCUGGUCAUCUUGGCACUCUUGAACUUGCUGCUGUUUCUGUUGAAAAUUCUGUCAUUGCUGGUUUCUCUUUUGGUGUCAUGUUGGGUAUGGGAAGUGCACUAGAAACACUAUGUGGACAAGCAUUUGGAGCAGGACAAAUUGACAUGUUAGGUGUAUACAUGCAAAGAUCAUGGGUUAUUCUCAAUUCAACAGCAGUAAUCUUAAUGUUUCUUUAUAUUUUUGCUGCCCAAUUUUUAAGAUUAAUUGGACAAACAGAGGAUAUAUCAAGGGAAGCAGGGAAAAUGGCUUUAUAUAUGAUUCCUCAAUUAUUUGCAUAUGCUAUGAAUUUUCCAAUAGCCAAAUUCUUACAGUCACAAAGCAAGAUUAUGGUGAUGGCAUGGAUUGCAGCAAUAGCUUUGGUUUUUCAUACAUUUUUUAGCUGGUUGCUUAUGUUGAAGUUGGGGUGGGGACUUGUCGGUGCCGCGGUGGUGCUCAACUCAUCAUGGUGGUUCAUAGUGGUGGCGCAAAUGUUAUAUAUAUUUAGUGGUACUUGUGGACAAGCAUGGUCAGGUUUCUCAUGGAAGGCUUUUGUUAAUCUAUGGGGCUUUGUUAGGUUAUCUCUUGCCUCUGCUGUCAUGCUAUGCUUGGAGACUUGGUACUUUAUGGCGUUAGUCCUGUUCGCUGGUUAUUUGAAGAAUGCAGAAGUCGCUGUUGAUGCCUUGUCCAUUUGCAUGAACAUACUAGGAUGGGCAGUUAUGGCAGCUAUUGGAUGCAAUGCAGCUAUAAGUGUUAGAGUGUCAAAUGAACUCGGGGCAGCUCAUCCAAGAACGGCUAAAUUUUCAGUGGUGGUGGUAGUGUUCUCUUCAUUCUUGAUUGGGCUUCUCUUAUCGGUGUUUCUACUGGUCUUUCGAAGUCAAUACCCUAGCUUAUUCGCGGAGAGUGAAUCAGUUAAGCGUCUUGUUUAUGAAUUGACACCAUUACUAGUAUUUUGCAUGGUGGUUAACAAUAUUCAGCCAGCUCUAUCUGGUGUUGCUAUUGGAGCUGGAUGGCAAGCUUUGGUUGCUUAUGUCAAUAUUGCUUGUUACUAUUUGUUUGGUAUUCCAUUGGGUUUAAUUCUUGGCUAUAAAUUCAACAUGGGUGUCCAAGGAAUUUGGUAUGGAAUGGUUAGUGGAACUGUAAUUCAGACAUUUGUACUCUUUUGGAUAGUUUACAAAACCAAUUGGAACAAAGAGGCUUCUAUUGCAGCAGCAAGGAUUAAAAUGUGGGGAGGGGAACCAGCAAAUGAAAUAGAGAAAUAAACUUUGACUUGGCAAGUAAUUGUAUUAAUUAAGUCCAUCAAAUGUAUGUGACAAUUUUUUUGGAAAUUUGAGUUGCUUUUGCACUAUUCAAUGUAACGUUGCUGCUCUCAGUACGUAUUAUAUA